AUGUCAAUUCCAAUAAAAAAUAUACCUAGAUUCAGAAUUCCACAAACAACAGAACCAAAACGAUCAAAUAGCACAAAACCAAAAUCUCCUAUUCACCAACAACAAACAUUCUAUCCAAUGCAUCCUACACAAAGAAGAAUACCUAACACACAAUAUUUCCACUCUCAAACAGCCGGAAAACAUCCAGGCAUACCUCAAGGAAAACCAACUAUGAACCAAAUCCCAUCAAAAUUAACUUUCCAAAAUUCUGGAUAUCCACAAUCAAUUCCUCCUAAUUUUAAUGAAAUAUUACAAGGACCUCUUACAUUACAACAAUCACAUCGAUUUGAAUUAAUACAACAGAAGAGAUUACUUCAACAACAAGUUCAACAGCAACAACGAAUGCAAGGAAUGCAAGGUAAACAACCUAUCAUGCACAACCCUCAAAUGAAUAUUCAAAGAGUUGCAAUACCACAACAAAUUCAACAACAACGAAUGCAAGGAAUGCAAGGCAAACAACCUAUCAUACACUCAACUCAAGUAAAUGCCCAGAGGGUUGCAAUGCAACACCAAUAUCAACAAAGGAGUAUGGCAACAAUAUCUACUCCUGCACCACGUCCUAUUCAACCACCACCAAUCACAACAAGUAUAACUCAAUCACAACAAUUUGUUUCUGCACCACCUGUUCCAGAACUUAAGAUAGUUCCAAUGAAAGAAGAAUAUAAACUAAUUGUAGAAAGAUUAGAACAUAAAAAUUUCUUAACUCUUAGUGAAUUAAAACGAAGAAUGCAACAGUUUUUGGCUAAACGAAACCAAAAAAUGGAAAUUGAGGAAGGGGUAUUAGAAAUUAUAUCACAAGCCACAUACAUGAGAAUGCUUGAAUGUGUAGAAAAAGUUGGAGAAGCAGCUGAGUGUAGAACUGAUGCUGAGCGAUGUGAAUUUGACAUUGAAAUAGGAGGAAUGGAUAUUGGAGAAAAAUUACGAAAUAAUUUGAACAUUGAACAGAAAGUCAGAAAAAGAGAAGUAGAUGAUGCUAAAAAACCUGAUGAAGAAGAAGAAACUGACCACAUGCAAAACUUUUAUGAUCGUAUUGAUGCAAGACUGUCCAAGAAAAAGAAACAAGUUAUUCAACAACGAGCACCAUCAUUUGAUCCUGUUAAAAUGAAUAGAGUUAAAAGAUAUAAAGAGUUAAUUAAUAAAAGAGAAAGAGGAGAAGCUUUAUCUAAAACAGAAAUGGCAUUUUUAGAUGAUAAUCAAAAAAGGGUUGAAGACGAUAUUAAGAUGCUUGAAGAAUUAGAAAUGGAAAAGAAAAGAAUGUUGAUUAAACUAACACUAAAAGAUUAUAUAUUUGCUAGACAUGAUAUUGGUAAAGGAGCAAUGAAUCGUACAGAAUUGGCUGAUUAUAGAAAACAAUCAAAUUGA